GUGUGUGCGCGCGCACGUGCUUGUGUGUGUGCGUCCUUGGCCGUAUAUAUUGAGCCAUGUGGAGCCAGACGUGGAGUUUUGUUGGACAGACUUUCUCUUGGCUGCGGGGAUUUUGGCUUCCAGUUCACUGUUACUGUGGAGAAGGAGAAGCAGUGGGAAUUUAAAGGUGCCUUCAGGUCUCGUCGGACUGUGUGAGAUUCAGGAACCUUGCAGAGCGUCCGGCCCCGCAGACUAAAAUGAGUGAUUUUCUGGACGACGGCUCUUUUAUGUUCACCUCGGAAUCCGUGGGAGAGGGACACCCAGAUAAAAUUUGUGAUCAGAUCAGUGAUGCGGUCCUGGACGCACACCUGAAGCAGGAUCCUGAUGCUAAAGUGGCCUGUGAGACGGUGUGUAAGACUGGUAUGGUGUUGCUCUGUGGUGAAAUCACAUCUCGAGCCAAUGUGGACUAUCAGAGGGUGGUGAGGGACACCAUUAAAUACAUCGGCUAUGACAACUCCGACAAAGGUUUCGACUAUAAGACGUGCAACGUGCUGGUGGCUCUGGAGCAGCAGAGUCCGGACAUCGCUCAGGGCGUCCAUAUUGACAGACGGGAGGAGGACAUUGGAGCGGGAGACCAGGGUCUGAUGUUCGGCUACGCCACAGACGAGACGGAGGAGUGCAUGCCUCUCACCAUCGUCUUAGCCCACAAACUCAACUCGAAGAUGGCCGAACUCAGACGCAACGGCACCGUCUCGUGGCUGCGUCCCGACUCUAAAACACAGGUGACGGUACAUUAUGACCAGAAGGAUGGAGCUGUGGUUCCCAAAAGAGUUCACACCAUCGUCAUCUCUGUCCAGCAUGACGACGGCGUCACCCUGGAGGAGCAGCAGAGGAUCCUGAAGGAGAAGGUGAUCAACGCUGUGGUUCCUGCUAAAUAUCUGGAUGAUAAGACCAUCUACCACCUCCAGCCAAGUGGUCGCUUCGUCAUCGGAGGACCUCAGGGGGAUGCGGGAGUCACAGGCAGAAAAAUUAUCGUAGACACAUAUGGAGGCUGGGGAGCUCACGGAGGUGGAGCUUUCUCGGGCAAAGACUUCUCGAAGGUGGACCGCUCGGCUGCGUACGCCGCUCGCUGGGUGGCCAAGUCUUUGGUCAAAGCCAAACUGUGCAGGAGAGUUCUGGUCCAGGUGUCCUACGCUAUCGGAGUGGCCCAGCCUCUGUCCGUUUCUUUGUUCACAUACGGUUCGGCCCUGAAAACAGAGUCAGACCUGCUCAAGAUCGUCAACAAGAACUUCGACCUGCGCCCAGGAGUCAUCGUCAGAGAUCUGGAGCUGAAGAGGCCCAUCUACCAACAGACUGCCGCCUACGGUCACUUUGGACGGGCAGAGUUUUCUUGGGAGGUUCCCAAAAAGCUUGUCUUCUAAGAACUUUGCCUGCCUGUCCAGACCCACCGACCUGCAGAGCGAAGACGCUCCAUCACGAUCUGUAGCUGCCAGCCUCAUCACACGACGAGACGUCUUUAACCCAUUCAGACCGAAGGCGCCAUAAAGAAAACUACCAAAAUCAGAAGGAAAAUCACUUAGAAACGUUUAGAGAAGUUUAACGUUUGGCUUACACGACCCCAUCAGUGUUUGAGAAAAUAAAUUGGUCUUUAAAAGGAGGAUGCAAGGUUUAAUGCAUUUGUUGCAGCAGGUCUGGAUGAGUUAAUGAAGUUAAAGCUGAAUAAAUGGACAAUAGGUUUGUAUAAAAGGUGUAAGAAGAUAAUUGGUGGGGGGGUUAGGUUUGUGAAUGGGUGGGUGGGAGUUUUUUAUUUCCCAGAAAACAAACCAUUCAGUUUUUGGUGCUUCAAAUGUUUGUGUAGUCCAAAGUCAAAGAUCAUAUCUGAUAAAGGGCCUCCACAGCAAAUAAGUACUUCUGUACCACUACAUACAACUAGAGGCUGAGUUUUACCUCAGUUAUUACGUUGUGUUUUCUGGCCAGUAUGAUGAAAUGAAAUGACCUCAGCGUUUUAGAUUUGCAGGUGCUUCCAUCAGCGAGCACUGAUGUUAAUGUCACUAAUGUGAUUACAGCUUAAACCAAAGAUUUUGAAGAACGUAUUGAAUGUUUUUUUCGUGUUGAAAGCGAAGCGCCUUUUUCUGUUAUGUAUGCUGCAGAAGGCCGUCAUGACGGCAAACGAGAGCGGGUCGCUAAAACCCGAAGGGAGUAAACGUAAAGUUCACGCUUUUGUAUUUACCCCUCGUUAACACCAAACGCAUUAGUUAUUUAUCCUCAGGUUUUAAUGGGUGACAAGAAAGCAUUACUUUUAAUUUGCUCCUUUUGAAGUCUGUAAUUUGAGCAAAUUAUUAGAAGCCUUAAACUUGACUUUAGUGAUUGGUCUGUUAGGAGCGAAGCACUCAGUGGCCCACCAAAAUGCCUUAAAUAUAUUAUGAGCCUGAUCGGUAUGUGUUUCAGACUUACAUUUCCUUUGAUUUUAUACCGCAUCUGAAAGUUCAAGCUUGUUAAAAUGUCUGAAGUCUUAACUCGUUGCAACCCUC